AGAAAACAUGCUAGAGAAUACAGAUGCCGAAUGUUCUUGUCCAUAUGCUUUCGAAGAUAUUAAAAAGUACUUUGAACUGGUCUCGAAACGUGACUUUGUUCCAUCCCUUUCAGAAUUUGUAAGGAAAAAUACUAAUUUAUUAGUUCGUUCCCCUCCAGAAGUAAAUGAUUUUAAAAGUUUAGAUGGUGCAUGGAAAAAGAGGUUCACCACAGUUGCAAAAAUACUUAAUAUGGAGGAAAGUAUCAGUAUUUUUAGUUUUUCCGCAUUUAUGACAUCACAGUCAGAUUUCGCCUUAGUACUGUGGAUAGUUAGGAACGAAUCACAGUCUGACGUCGUGAAAAAACUUUCACUAUGUACGAAAAAGAACAUGAAAUUAUUGGAAAUCAAUUAUCCAAAGACCAGAAAAACUAUCUCGAAAAUUAUGAACCCAAUAAUCUACCAGGAUGACGAAUCAACAACAGCCAAGAGGAAUAAAGAGAACCACAACAAGCAUACUAUAGCUAGUGAUACGUUACAAAUAAAUUGUUUGUGCUACACUUUCGCUACAUUGCUGAUACAAUUAUUUGAAUUAGUAUCAAAUCUAACUAAAAACAAAAUUACCGCACUAAAAGAGCAGUUUGAAGCCCCCGGACUUAUUGAUUCUCCCAUAACACCAUCAUCAUAUACUGGUACCAAUGUGGAUUUGGUUCUGAAAAAGUCACAGGCUACUGAACAUCAAGUCCACCCGCCUGAAUAUACUGAAAACCCAUCAGAAAAUACUAUGUGUGAUGGAUACUCCACAACUCUAAAACAAUAUGAAAUCGACAUCGAGAAACACAUCAAAAGAAAAACAAAUGAAGAUGACAAUGAUGACGAAUUACUUGAAAAUGCCAAAUUUCUAUUCAACGAAUUGAAUGAAGAAUUAUUAAUCGAUAAGCCCUGCAUAUUGGGGAAUAUUGGAUUAAAGAAAGAAAGUUUAAACAACUCUGGAAUAAAAAAUAAGGAGAUUGAAAAAUUAUCACAGAAUUUCUCCAAUAAAAUCAGAUGGACUGACGAUGAAAAACAAGAUGCUGAAUCUCCAAAGGGUGUGUAUAGAGGAAGAACUGAAGAUGUGGACAACAGUUCUGUUAUUUUCUGGCAUUUUUACGUCAGAAAAUAUCAAAAACACUUAGUAAAUAACUUAAUAUUUUCUUUUAGUGAUAAUAUAAUGAUUUCUAAUUUAUUUUUAUGUACGAUUUCUUCAAAUAUUAGGGGUAAAAUCCAAGCGAUUUCAACAAAUAAAGCACGAAAUGAAAAUGCAAAUCCUUUUUCAAGAGCAAAGGUUAGACAUAAAGUCGAUAUGAAGGGUACAUUGAUUAAAACGCCAAGUAAAUUCAAAGUAAUUUACGAAGAAGUUUCUAGGGGACUUGCUACUUUUGGAAUACCUGCAUCCUGUCCAAAAAAACAGUAUGUUGACAAGGUGAAGUUAAUGAUCAUGUUGCGAGAUAGUUUCAAUCAGUUCUUCAAAGAUAAUCGUCAUGUAAAGAAUAAACAAUGUAAAGAAUUAACUGUGUACGAAUGGCUACAAAUCGGUAAGCGUAAAUAG